AUGAUUACGAAGUUUGGCUCACUAUUCGCAGGACAUGUUGAUCUGGAAGAUGUAGGACUUGAUGGUCCCCCUGUCAACAAGCGUUGGCUCUCCGAUGAACAUAUAGCAACCGUAUUCGAUAAAACCCAAGCCAUUGCCCAACUCAUGGAUCGCACCGGCUACGAGACCCUCUGGCUGGCUGAACACCACUUUCAGCGCGAGGGGUACGAGUGCAUCCCCAACAUUCUGAUGCUCGGCGUUCAUCUUGCUCACCUGACGCAGAGACUCAAGAUUGGGUGUGCUUUCAACGUUACACCGAUGUGGCACCCACUACGGCUGGCAGAAGACUAUGCGACCGCAGACCUUCUCACGGGUGGACGUCAUCGUCUUUGGCGUGGGGCGAGGCUAUCAUACACGCGAGGUGGAGGUUUUUGGUGCACCUCUGCUUGA